AUGUCAGUAAAGUGCGAUGUUAAUGGGAAACCCUGCAACCCAACCCUCAAACCCUAUCCAGGCUUCAACCCGGCCUCUGAUGUUGAACUUCUCAAAAAAGCUAUGGAUGGAUUGGGCACGGAUGAAGCCAUGAUAAUCGAGGUUCUUGGAAACCGAACUAGCAAUCAGCGGAUUCAAAUCGCUGAAGCUUACAAAGCAUCGUACGGUGAGGACCUGAGGGAAAGACUGCAAGGGGAGCUGAGUGGUGACUUCGGCGAGUUGGUUGAUCUGAUGUUCUUCACGAUUCCACAACUGAAGGCCUACAUCUGCUAUAAGGCCAUUAAGGGAGCUGGGACUGAUGAACUGGCCCUCAUCGAAGUCAUCUGCACUUCGACUAACGCCGAAAUUCAGGAACUCAAAAGCGAAUACGCAAGAAGCACAGAGAAUAGUUUGGAGGAGGACGUAGCCGGAGACACAAGCGGCUACUUCAAGCGCAUCCUAAUUGCGCUGCUGGCAGCUCAGCGUCCUGAACCAACUGAGCAGCAGUUGCGCGACAUCAUGAACAAAGGCAUUGAAGGGCUUGUCGACCGAAGAGCAGCUGAAGCUGAUGCACAGAAACUCUACGAUGCUGGUGAAAAAAAACUCGGAACUGACGAGGAAACUUUCAUCAACAUUUUGUGCACAAGAAGCGCAUGGCAAAUCCAGGCAAUAAAUAAAGCCUACGAAAAGAUUAGCAAAAAGCGACUCAUCGAGGCAAUAGCGAGCGAGACUUCUGGAGAUUUCAAACGGGCUCUCACAACUACUCUGCUUGCCAACAUUAACCCAGCAAUGGCGUUUGCGGAGCACCUGAGAAAAGCCAUUAGAGGUGCAGGAACCAACGACGACGAACUCAUGCGCAUUAUUGUGUGGCGGUCUGAGAUUGACAUGAAAGAGAUCAAGAACUGCUAUCUCACGAGGUACAACAAGGACCUGGUCGAGGACGUGAAAAACGACACGUCUGGUGACUACGAGAAACUUCUUGUUCGUCUUCUUGGAGGCCACUAA